CCGGCAAACAAGAGGAAGAGCGAAGUCAUGACAACAAAACAAGUUGCUUCCGAUAAUACCUUCAUUUUUCACUUACCACUUUGAUUAUAAGGUCCAAAUAAGAGAUUUUCGGCAUGGACAAGCCUCAAUUGAUCGAGCACCUCCACGAGUCGGUCAAUUACACCGUCUACGAUACCAAAUGGGUGCCGCUGUCCGCGAAGUUCGUGGUGCUCGGCUCCAAGGCGAACGGCCACGGCAUCAUGGACAUCUACGAGCUGAACAAGGAUAAGUUGGAGAAGGUGAAGUCUGUGGAGAAGAAGGUGGCCUUCAAGUGUGGCACCUUCGGAGCAGCUUCGCUGAGGAACCGUCACAUGGCCAUCGGCGAUUUCGAGGGCAGGCUCCAAGUGCUGGAUCUGGAGCAACCGGACCUGCCGGUCUAUAAUGUCAAGGCCCACAGUGCCAUAAUCAACACCAUUGAUGCCAUCGGAGGCACGCAGAUCGAUUGUGGAGCUCCCGAGAUUGUGACAGGCAGCCGGGAUGGAGCUGUGAAGGUCUGGGACAUCCGUCAAGGGCAGGCCCCGGUGGUGGAUAUGUCGCCGCCGCCUCAAAUGGGCGAUGGGGUGAACCAGAGCAGCUCUCGCCGAGAUUGCUGGGCCGUGGCCUUUGGAAAUACGUACAAUGCCGAUGAGCGAAUCGUGGCUGCUGGUUACGACAACGGGGAUCUGAAGAUCUUUGAUCUACGAUCCCUCUCCGUGCGCUGGGAGGCCACCAUGAAGAAUGGCAUUUGCGGCCUGGAAUUCGAUCGCCGAGACAUCCCGAUGAACAAGCUGGCAGUGACUACUCUGGAGGGGGGACUUCUGGUCUUCGACAUGCGGACCCAACACCCGACCAAGGGAUUCAGCUACGUGGAGGAGCGCAAUGCGGGGCGUAGUGUUGGCUCAAAUGGAGUGAUCAGCGGACCAAAGGCCACGGUAUGGGUGGUUCGUCAUUUGCCCCAGAAUAGAGAUCUAUUUCUGACUGGCGGAGGAACCGGCUCCAUUCGUCUGUGGGACUAUGAGUAUCCCGCCAAGAGGGUCAUCGAUGAUUCGGAUGGCAACAAAACCGGUGUGGCUGGGACGAUGCACAUGGUCAGUGCGGCAACUCUGAGCACUCAGCCCGUUCACUGUUUUGAUUGGCACCCGGAUAAGCUCGGCCUAGCCGUAUGCGGAUCAUUUGAUCAGAGUGUUCGGGUCCUGAUCACCACCAAGCUGAACACAUAUUAAGGAAUUUAAAAUCAACAAAGACGCUUAAUGCUUGUGAUAUCGGUUCAUGGGUAGAUGCAAAUAGAUUUAUAUUUUUCUCAAUAUAAUUGCACCAACUACUGGGGUAGCUAGUCACCUAAGUGAGCUGAGAUACACAUAAAUCAAUGGACAGAUCUUUGAUUAUUAAAUCAAAAUAAACUUAAGCACCUUAACUUUACUCACUA